UAUGUUUAUUUACCAUCAUUUUAUUAACUGCUGGUGAUUCUGUUUGUGAGAACGCUGGUUUUUCAUGCUUUGGUUGAGGUCUGUAUCCAGAUGAUGGUGUUUAAAUGUGUCAUGUUUGUGUGUAAAAAACAAAAAGCCAAGAAAUGUGCAUACGGACAGCAGAUAACCUGCCAUCUCUAAUUAAAGCUAAUAAAUAUCAGUGAUGCAGCUUCAUUGCUUCUUGAAAUAAAGUCCAUUAAUGAUAUAAAGGAAGAUGAUCUUCGACUAAGAGGAAGUAUGUCUGACUGCUUCUGGAGGUCAACAGUAGAUGCCGGAAUUGCCUUUUAUUGUGGUUUGUCACACGUACCGAACAGGAAGCAUGGAUUUAAAGCCUCCUGAAUGAAAACAAACAACAGCUGACUGAGACGUGAUGUUUUCUGUUUUGACCCAGGCACCUGCUGGAACAUGACCCUGCAACCAUUAACUCCAGUGAACUGUGCCAGUCUCCUGCAGCCCGGCUGCUCUCUGCUGCAGCUGGACGGAGAGACUCUGCUGUUUGGUCAAAAGGGUUGGCCGAAGCGUUCAUGCCCGACGGGGGUUUUUGGGGUACGCCUUAAAAAAGGUGAGAUGAAGCUGAGGGCCAUCUCCUUCUCCAAUGACUCGUGCUACCUUCCUCCACUGCGCUGCCCAGCUGUCUGUCGUCUCGACCCGUACGACGGACUUCCAGAGAGUUACAUCAUUCACGGCGGUCGCACCCCGAACAAUGAAAUCUCAUCAAGCCUGUACUUGCUGACCAUGGAUAGCCGUGGUUGCAAUCGCAAGCUGAUGCUCAGCUGCAAAGAGAAGGAACUUGUUGGAGAAGUGCCACACGCCCGAUACGGCCACACACUGAGCAUGGUUCAGAGCCGUGGGAAGACAGCCUGUGUGCUGUUUGGGGGAAGGUCCUACAUGCCUGCAGGAGAACGAACCACGGAAACGUGGAACAGCGUAAUUGACUGUCCUCCACAGGUUUUCCUGUUUGACCUGGAGUUCUUAUGCUCCUCUGCUCACACUUUGCCUGAGCUCAGUGAUGGACAGUCCUUUCAUGUGGCUGUCUCCCGAAAGGACUGUGUUUACUUUAUCGGGGGGCACUCAAUCACCUCUGACUCACGUCCUCCUCGUCUUUUCCGCCUGCAUGUCGAGCUCCUGCAGGGAAGCCCCUUGCUUUCUUGUGAGACCCUUGACACUGGUCUAUCCAUCUCUAGUGCCAUCAUCACACGUACAGGUCCUGCCCACAGAUACGUCAUAUUAGGUGGAUAUCAGUCAGACUCUCAGAAGAGGAUGGAGUGCUGCACCGUGCUUCUGGAUGAGAAAGGAAUCCACAUAGAACAGUUGGAGCAUCCCAAAUGGACUCCAGACAUCAUUCAUAGUCGUACGUGGUUUGGUGGCAGCGCUGGAGAGGGUCGCGUCCUCCUGGCUGUCCCCACGGAGGGAAGGCCAGCCCAACCAGAUUCGUUUUACUUCUAUCACGUAAGUUUCCAAACAGACCAGGAAUGCAACGAGGAAGAAGGAACCCAGGCCUGCAGCCAGGAGUCGACUGAUUACGACAACUCAACCCCGCUCGAAGACUCCGAGGAGAUUUACUUUGGUCGUGAGCCACAUGAGAUGGAGGCCAGCAGCGACGACGAAGGUGACAAUUACAAUGAAGACGAUGAGGAGGAUGAAUCACAAACAGGAUACUGGAUCAAAUGCUGCUUGAGCUGUCAGGUAGACCCCAACACAUGGGAUCCAUUUUACUCCACUGAGCUCCUGCGGCCGGCCAUGAUUUUCUGCUCCAGAGGGGAGGGGGGGCAUUGGGUCCAUGCCCAGUGCAUGGAGCUGUCCGAGACCCUGCUGCUCAAACUCUCUCAGGGCAGCAAAAAGUACUUCUGUCUGGACCACGGUGGCCUGCCUUACCAGGAGACGACGCCCCCUCGGCAGGUUAUUCCCCUGAAACGCACCCCCAUGAAAGUCAAGGACAGAAAAGCUCUGAUGUACAAGAUGUCCUCGGCUAAAAAAAGCUUUUUCAAAAGACUUUUUGAUUGACUCUGAUUGUCGAACAGCCUCUGGAGCUGUUGUGUUUUGUAUCAUUUGGAGUUGUUGUUUCAAACAGUUGAUUAAAAACGAAAUGGUUUUGUCUUGAAAUCUAACGGCAUUUCAUUCAUAAGAUAUUUGAAUGACAUGAAAAAGGAAAAUGCUAAAUUGCUUGUGUUUCAUUUGGGUUUUUUUUUUUUUUGCAUUUAAAUUCUUUUAAAACUAUGAGAAACUUUUGUAAAACUAAAAUGACAAUUAUUGAAUAAAAUUUUGAUGACAAAAUUCUGCUGAAAAUGAAAAAAAUCACUAUUUUUUACGAUAUGUGUGAUCAUCUUAUAAUUUCACAACUUUUAUUUUAUUUUAUUAUAUUUGCUGUUUUGUUUAUGAGACCAUUGGGAUUUAAUGACAAUGUUUUUUAUUGGUCUCUGUGAAACACUUUGUGAUUCUCUUUCUGUGAUGAGUGCCAUAUAAAUAAAACGUAUUUUACUUAAUUUAUUUUUGCCUCUAUUCUUGUGCAUCUUUAGUUACUGAUCCACAAAUAGACAUUGAACAAGUCAUGUGAGUUACUAACCAACAAAAAAAGAA